CAGUUGGGUGUCUUCAACAAUUGUUCCUUUUUAUCUUCAACCUUCUUUCACUGGACGCCCCUCAUAAUUUUCAGACAAAAGUUUUGUAUUUUUUUUCUCAUUAAUUAUUGAUUUGAAGCAAAAUCAACAAUCAAUCUCGUAAGGACAAACGCUAGGCCAACUCCAAUUUCAUCUUGGAUUGUAAUUUCGUGCACCCUUUAAUUUCCCAGAUUGUUUGUAUUUAGGGGAAUUUUUUUUCUUGACCUAAUUUAAUCGUAUAUAAUAUGCCCUUGUGAUUAUAUGCAGAUCUACAUGUAUCUAACUUCUUUGUAAUGAUCAUGCACCUAUAAAGUUACAAUCUUUUUGAUCUAAUCGUAUUUUGAGGACUAUGAUAUUCUUUAAUUGUAAUAUUGGAAGUUAUUAAAUUAUUCAUAGCAAUUAACAGUAAUAUUAUCUGGUGGGGUUUUGAUUUCCCUUUGGACUGCGUUUCUAUUGGGCUUAAAUCUUUUACAAUAUCAUCUUUUGUUUGCAAAAUUAAUGGAUCAACGUAAAUAUGCUGUACUUGAUUUGCUGCAAAUUUUGAUUUUUGGGGGAAUUAUUAACAUGGUAUGUUUUAUUUGUCAUUUUGGGGGUUUUAGAUGGUGGUUUAUGGUUUUCUUUCAUGAAAACUCGGUUCACAUUUCGAUGGACUUGAUGUUUGUCAAUAAUCUGGUGACAUCAAACUAAAUGUUAUCUUGCAACUGUGCAUAAUGUUUGUUUUUUGUUGGAGAGUGUUGUCCCGGCUAAGAUUUCAUAAAUCUGGGUGAAAAUGAUUCAUCCUAUAAUUAUCUUUUCUGCAUAUUUUUCAAUAGAAAGUGAGAAAUCAUCUAUCUAAUUCACUAAGUUGCCUCCCUUUUUCCUAAUUUCUACUUCUCAAUCAUCGUUAAUGUGAGUCCUGUCAAACAUUUCUUUCUUGCUUUGUAUUGUACAAGAACAUCAUGCACAUUACUAUCAUCUUUUCAUACUUAACUGCAGGUUUUAGGACUCAUGGCUGAUUGUGGCUAAGAUAUAGACUAGUACUGCAUUGUAUUCAACACUUAUUGCUCCAGAUUUCUAGGACUGUUCACCAAUGAAAAUUAAUACAGCUCGUGAAGGUUUAUCAUUAAUUGCACUCUAGAGUGGCACAAGGAUCCUGUAGUAUUUCAUUCAGUAGUACUUACAACGUUGCAAGAAUCAGAGGAACCAGUAGAAGAGACUUGGUAUAUUUCUUGUGUACGUAGAUGGCUAGUAGGAAACGAAGCAUGUCAAAUGAUGUAGAUAUGCAUGUCCUGUACAAGGAAUUGGAGGGAGCUUCAUGUCCUAUAUGCAUGGAUCAUCCACACAAUGCUGUUCUUCUCCUUUGUAGCUCUCAUGAUAACGGAUGCCGGUCAUACAUUUGUGAUACAAGUUAUAGGCAUUCAAAUUGUCUGGAUCGUUUCAAAAAACUCAGAGCCGAAAAUAUGGACAAUCCUCCCAUUAUGACACAGGGAAACCUGGAUAUUGCUGUUGAGACACCCGAUGAACACUUGGAGCUGAGAAAUUUAAGUGAUCGUGCUGUUGUUCAUGGAUAUCAUGAUAUACCUGCCAAUGAAGUUGUAGCAACUGGUGCAUUUCCUGGAGGAUCAGAAGAAUAUGGAAAUAGUAACCGAGAUAAUCGUGUGGAGAUGCUGGAAGGUACUCUACAAACUUCAGGUGCUGUUACUGUAUGGGGAAGUAGUCAUGAAACAGCAAAUGCGGACAACUCAUCUGUCUCAAAAUUGAAAUUGAAGUGUCCUAUGUGUCGUGGAGAUGUAUUAGGCUGGAAGGUAGUGGAAGAAGCCAGAAAGUAUCUGAAUUUGAAGCAUAGAAGUUGCUCUCGUGAAUCAUGUUCAUUCCUUGGUAACUACAGAGAAUUGCGCCGGCAUGCUAGGAGAGAUCACCCAACAGCACGCCCUGCUGAUAUUGACCCUUCAAGACAGCGAGCUUGGAGACGGCUUGAGAACCAGAGAGAGUACGAUGACAUUGUCAGUGCUGUUCGCUCUGCCAUGCCUGGUGCAGUAGUGCUUGGAGAUUAUGUGAUUGAGAACGGAGACAGGCUAGCUGGCGAAAGAGAUCGAGGCUCAGGUGCAAACGGAAGGUGGUUGAGUACCUUCUUCUUGUUUCAGAUGAUUGGCUCAAUGGAUCCAAUAUCUGAGGCAAGAGGUGGCAGGUCAGCUUUGUCAAGGCAUCGUCGGUCCACUGGACCUCUAUCUAGGCGCCGCUAUCCUUGGGGUGAAAACCUGCUUGGUCUACAAGAUGAUGACAAUAAUGAAGAUGAGGAUGAACCUGAUCUUAACAUUAUGAGUGACAUGAGUGGUGAUAUGUCUACAAAUCCGAGAAGGCGCAGGCGCUUGAUGCGAUCUAGGUCAGAUGAAGAUCAGCAGUAAGACUGUAGUAGACCACUAGAUUGUAUUAAUUGUCUGUACAGGAGGGGGCUGUUUACACUGAAUCAAUUGGAUCUUUCUUGUGUUCCACUUUGUUACAGAAAGAUACAGUUCAACUCUUAACAAAAUUUAUAGAUUUGUAUGUUGGCUUCUAGACGAGGUAUAAUAAUUUGAGGGUGAAAACAGGUUGUCCCUGUGAUUGUGGGUUGUAGCUUCAGAAUAUAAAGUGUCCAUUUGGUCUUUGAUUUCCCCAACUCUGAAACAUUGUUCAGUUUUUAUUCCAUU